CUAUCUAGGGCUAAUCUAUUAGUUCUUCAUUCUCCAAAAGGGGUGCUGUAUAACUAGAUGAGGAUGGUGAGACAGAAAACUCAGAUCAGAAAGAUAGAAAACUUAGCAGCAAGGCAGGUGACCUUCUCAAAGAGGAGAAGAGGGCUUUUUAAGAAAGCUCAAGAGUUGUCUACCCUUUGCGACGUGGAUAUCGCACUCAUCGUUUUCUCUGCCACUGGAAAGCUCUUUCAGUAUCCCUCCUCAAGUAUGAAUCAAGUGCUAGAAAGGCAUAGGCUGCAAUCCCAGAACGUUGGAGAACUGCGACAACCAUCUAGGGAGAUGCAGACAGAAAGUAGAAAGUCUGCCAUGUUGAGCAAAGAACUUGCAGAAAAAUCCAUAGAAUUGAGGCAAAUGAAAGGAGAAGAUCUUCAGGGACUUGACCUCCAAGGGCUAGACAAGCUAGAGGCUGUGAUUGAAUCUGGAUUGGUUGAAGUAGUUAAAACAAAGGGCGAAAGAAUGUUGAAAGAGAUCAGCACUCUAAAGAAAAAGGAAGCUCAACUGCUGGAAGAGAAUGCAUUCUUGAAACGACAGUUGGCAAUGAUGGACACAUCUAUUGGCCAAAUGGGUAUACAUGAUCAAUGCUGCGAUCACCAUUCGUUGGAGCUAACAAUUAGCAGCCUGAGCUCUAGAGAUCCUCCUCAUAACUACAACAUCAGCAGCUCAGAUACAUGCCUUAAACUUGGGCAACCUUUCUCUAACUGAAUCAAAGAGGUGAAAUUAGAUGAUAUUCAAGUAUAUCUAAUGGCAAAGUUCAAUCAUGUAACACAAAUUAUCAGCUGAUAUUUGUUUUUAAAUAAACCUUUGUAUAUUCAAGUCUGGAAUUCAUGUUGUGGAUUUUGUUGAAGCAACACAUUCUUGUAUGUUAAAUAGCUAAUAUUGUUCUCUGCUUUUAGAGCCAAGUAUGAAGUA